UUCAGUGUCAUUGACACAAGUUGAGAGGCACACGUCCCUACACCCUCUCCAAACAGCACCUCUCUGCACCCACAAUGUCUCCUGUACCUGGCUGGCUCCUGCUGCUCAGCAUUCUGGGUGUGUCUCAGGCCCAACGAGAGGUGGCCAUCCAGCCAGGGCCCCUAUACCGCACUAUGGGCUCCCAGAUCAGUAUCUGGUGUAAGGUGCGUGGCUACCAAGGCCCCAGCCAGCAGAAUUUCAGAUGGUCUGUAUACCUGCCCUCUGCUCCAGACCGGGAGGUACAGGUGGUCACCACUGAAGAGGAUCCUUCUUUCUCCUACGCCAUCUACAGCCAGCGUGUUCGGAGUGGAGACAUCUACGUGGAGAGACUGUCGGGUGACCAUAGCCUCUUACAAAUCCGUCAGCUGCAGGAACGAGACACUGGAGAGUAUGAGUGCCACACACCAAACACCGAUCCAUCAUUCCACGGGAGCUACAGUGCCAAGGUCAACCUUGUAGUGAUUCCAGACAACCUGAUGGUGAAGAUGGCCCCGCAGAGUCUGAGAAAGACAGAACGUGACCAGAUGGAACUGACCUGCCAAGUAUCUAAGGCCUCUUCUCAACAUACUCAUCUCUCCGUCACGUGGCAUCUCAUAUCUGAGAAAGACACACAGCUAGAGAUACUGACCCUAACCCCACAAUUUGUGCUUCGGCCAGGCCCCACAUACACGAAACGCUUUGCCUCAGGAGAGGUGCGUUUGGACAAGCUCGAUGACACAUCCUACAGACUGUCCAUAAUGUCUGUCCGUCUGUCUGACCAGGGUCGAAUAUCCUGCCAGGGGUCUGAAUGGAUUCAGGAUCCGGACAAAACCUGGACAAAAAUCAUUGAAAAACAAUCUGACAAAUCAGAUCUCCUGGUACUGGCUGCAGGGGGACAGGACUAUGAGGUGAAGAUAAAAGCUGCAGACUCAAUUCUCGUAUCUGGAAAGCGACUAGAACUAUUUUGCUCCAUCACUAGCCAAGGCAUGUCCAGGGGCCCCUUUCAAGUCAAAUGGCUGCAUGACGAAGUCACACUGGGUACCUGGUACUCCUCUGGCAUACCCUCCUAUGCUGGGCUGUAUGGUGCCCGGGCGACUAAGGAACAGCUGGUCAUGGGCAGGACAAGUGAAGAAACCUGGUAUUUAAAGAUUGACACCUCUGGCAUGAAGGAUGGAGGGUCCUACAGCUGUCAAGUGACGGAGGAGGAUAAUGCAGGCUCAGGACCUGGGGCAAGCAGAAAUUCCAAUACACUGUCCAUAACCGUGAGAGAAAUAGCCAGAAACCCACAGGUGACCCUCUCCAGCGAUACCCUCCAGGUAUACGAAGGUGGAUCGGUCAGGUUCCUGUGUCAGACUGUGGACUAUUCAGGCUCACUGUCUGUGGCCUGGUACCGGGUGGCUUCCUCUGGGCAGUGGGUAGAAGUGGCCUCACUGAACAAAGAUGGGGCACUGACAUUGGGAGAGCUUUACUUACAGGAGCAUGCCAAGGGGCAACUAGUCGCAGAAAAGAUGGACUCUGGGAAAUUCACCCUGAAAUUGGAAAGACUGAGCAUUACAGACAAGGGGAAAUAUGGCUGCCGCGUCACAGAAUGGAUUCUGGAAUCUUAUGGAGGCUGGAAGAAUAUAACAAAGUCAAAGCUUAUAGAAAUAGACGUAAAAAAACUGAACUCCUCCCUCAGAGCGUCUCUCAGCGUCCGAAACGCGAAGAUAACAUUGGGUGGCGAUACUGAGCUAUUCUGCUCCGCGACAGCUGAUUACAGUUUGGCAAACAGGUCACUGUUUUGGGCCUGGGAAUUCAGCCCAUCGUCAGACCCCAGCAGAUGGUUCCAGGUACUGGUCCAUAAAUCACCAAAUGAGAUCUUGUCCUGGGGGGAGUCACUGCCUGGCAUUCAGAUGAGAGCCCAGCUCUCAAUAUCAGAGGCAAAAAGCAAACUGCGAAUCUACAAAGUUCAAAGAGAACAGAGUGGGACGUAUCGCUGCACAGUUGGGGUACAGAGUGAUGAACCAGACACGACAGCAGCAUCAGCAACGUCGAACAAUCUAAUGAUACAAAUUGAUCUUCCACUGAGCCAGCUGAUGGUGGACAGAACCUCAAAAGAUUUAGUGCUGAGUAAAGGUCAGGACCAGAUAACAAUGACCUGCUCAGUGCAGUGUAGCACUCCGGGGACCUUCCUCAGUGUAUCCUGGUUCUUCCAUUCACUUGGUGCCCACUCACCUCUGGAAAUCCUGAGUGUGACCCAGGAGGGAGUGCAGGUCUCCAUCUUCUCACCUGGGGCAGAAGGUUCAAAGUUCCACACCCAACGAGUGUCCACCAACACCUACAUUCUGAGGAUCCUGAGGCCAGAUCACAGCCAGCUUGGGUCUUACCACUGCGUGGUGCGGGAAUGGCUGCGACAGGAGUCUGGAGACUGGAUCCAGCUAGGAGAAAGGGAAUCUGGAAUAUCAGUGCUGGAAUUUGGACGAUCAGAGAAAAGUCUAAACAUCCCCAAAUCUAACCGUACUUUCAUGGUUGUGGAGGGAGAAGAUGCUGUGUUACAGUGCCCUCUAGGGGUGGUACCCAGCUCUGCAUCGCUGUACUCAGUCUCCUGGUAUUAUACAGAUUAUGUAUCACAUUAUCCCAGACUCCUAGUGCGGGCUGGUUGGGAGGGUGAGAUUCAAUACGAAAAAUUCCUCGCUAAACGCCUACGACUGGAGAGUGCAAGUCGGGGGAAUUACAGCCUGAUCCUGCAGACUGUGGGGCACAAUGAUACCGGGGCAUACUACUGCCAGGCAGAGGAGUGGAGGCUGGGAGUAUCAGGGCAAGGCUGGACAAUGGAGGACUCGGACCAAUCAGGAUAUGUGACGCUCAAUGUCACUGCGCCAGUUUCAGGAAGAGCCGUUGACUUCUGCUUCCACCACUCUCUGCUCUACUUCCUUGGGACCAUCGCCAUGCUCUUUUUGCUUCUCGUCCUCAGCCUUAUCUGCAUCUUCCUGGUAAGGAGGAAGAACCGGAGGGGACGGUCCCUUCACACUAACCGGGUCAGUAUUUGGUCAUCUCUGAAAGGAGCUGGUACCCCAGUAAAUGGCAGCAUGAAAGAGUCCGAGCCUCUCCACGAACUCUAAUUACCCGGCUUCACUUUCUCUGCAAAACAGGACAUUUUGAUAUAUCCACAACCCGAGUAUCCUCAAUAACAAACCUUUACAAAUACCACGGAGCUUAUAGCAGCCGUUUUAAUGCCGUUUACCAUUUCUUUCCUCUUCCUCAUAUCCUAAUGUUUAAAUUUCCUGGCUAACUAUGGCAGCAUCACUUGUGGGUAGCUCCUCCCUAGAAUGAGAAACAGGAUGAUU